UGCGGGGGCGGAAGAGGCUGCUCCAGGCCUGAGAGCCCAGAGGGAGGCGGCCAGCAGGGUGCUGAGCUCUCUGAAGAGGGUCUGAGGACUGAGGGGGGCAGAGGUGGGCUGACGCCUGGAGACGUCACCUGGGCUUUAUAAAAGGGGACUGACUGAGCAGCUGGCGAGAGUGAGCCAAGGAGCCCAGCUCCCCUCCCUCCGGUGCUCGCCCACCCAGGCAGCCUCCUCGCCUCUCCUCAGAGACCCUGUGGAUCUCGCCUGGGCCAGGAAGAGCCAAGCCUCAGGCCACUUCCAGGACCUGCCUCCUCUCAGCAGGAUGAGUGCACUGAUUUCUUGGCAACUACUGCUUUUCCUCUGUGCCACCUCCUUCGGGGAGCCCCUGGCGAAGGUGGCACCUGUGGACAAUCCUAGACCCACAGGCCAGCGAGUGGGACCGCUGAUGGUCCUGGACCCCUGGGGGCAGGACCUGCGGUGCGCCGAGAGGAAGCCUGCCCCAGCCGGGCUGAGUCCUCGCGAGGCCUCGCUGUGUCCCCCAGGCGAGAGCUCUGCGGGGCCCCAGCGGACGGGCCCGUGCACUCCACGCAGUCGCCUGAUUCCCGCGCCCCGAGGCGCGGUGCUGGUGCAGCGGGAGAAGGACCUGUCCUCCUACAACUGGAACUCCUUCGGUCUGCGCUAUGGCAAGCGGCAGACAGUGCCCGGAAGCCACCGGGGAGGCGCUAAGCAGGGCUGAGGGCGCGGGUGUAGGCAGUGAACUUCAAAACCGGACCAGAGGCAGAGCAUGCCAGGGCUGGGGAGGGGGACUUGAGCUUCUGG